GUGACGGCUACUCAAGGUAGCUUACGUUAGCCAUUCGUCGUUGUACAUUGUAGGAUACGGUAGGAUAUCGGUUGUACUUUUAGUCUGAUAUGAUAUUAUAGUCAAAUUCCUCUUCCCGGUCGAUGUUUAUGGAUUUCCAGAAGUUGACGUGUCUUUGAACGGACUUCCAGGUAACGUAACGUAACGAAAGAUGCCUUUGCAUGGGAAAAUAGUCGUGGUUAAGAGGAGUGGAGGAGAUGGGACUGAGUUUCCUCUCACUGCAACAUGCUUGUUCGGAAGGAAGCCUGACUGCGAUAUUCGUAUUCAGCUUCCUCAGGUCUCCAAGGAGCAUUGCAGAAUUGACCUGAAUGAAAAUAAAGAGGUCAUUUUGACUAAUUUGAGCUCAGUGAAUCCAACUCGUGUGAACGGAGAGGCUUUGCAGCAGUCUGAGCGCUUGAAGCACGGAGACGUGAUAACAAUUAUUGACCGUUCUUUCAGGUUUGAGUACCCACCAGCACCCACACCAAAGAAGAGGUCUUCCAUAGGAGGCAAAACUGAAACCUUCAAAGUUCUUAAAGAUCAGCAAGUGGGGGACACUUUGACCACUGAAACAGGAGAAAAUAGGAUCUCUGAAGUGCACACAGACCCUCAUCUGAAAGAUGGAACCAACCACGACAACAUCCAGCGAUCCCUGGAGAAAACUAUGGAGUUGGAGUCAAAGGGAGACGAUAGCCUGCUGCAAAACAAGACUGCCUCGCCCUUCAAUGAUCUGUAUCAAAUGAUCAAGAAAUCUCUUGAUGUCAAGACCCCUCGGAAAUCUUCUGCCAGUGUCCUCCAAACACCUACUUCCAGGUUUUGCACUCCAAAACCUUGUUCAGUCAGGAAAAAUGAUGGAAAACCGGUCACUUCCACAGAAGACAAAAGCACUCCUAAGAAGGAUGAAGCUAAAGUCACUUCUGGAGCUGAUGAAACUACUGAAGAGGCUGAAAAUAUAAGUAAGGGGACCCCAAAGUCUGUUAAGAAGCAGAGGAAGUCCUUCCAGGUUCCUAAUACUGAGAUGGCCAGACCAGAAGCUGAAAAUUCUGCCACGCCAGUGGCACCUUCAGCCCAGAAGAAAAAUCAUGCAACCCCCCAGAAGUUCACUGUGUCUGAGGUUAUUGAGCAGGUUUCCACUGAAACGCCCAAGUCACCUAUGAGAAGGAGAAGCAAGGACGCCACACCAGCCAAACCCGCAGUGGCAUCUCCCAAAACAGAGCCGGUUCGAAAGGCAUCACCAAGAAACUCAGGGAAAGUUGAAAAAGUGCAAGACAUGUCCACAAAACGCAAAAGUGGAGAACUUGCCACUGACUUGCCCACACAACAAAUAAAGAAGAAACGCGUUUCCUUUGGAGGUCAGCUGAGUCCGGAGUUAUUUGACAAACGGCUGCCUCCUGACUCUCCGUUAUGCAAGGGUGCUGCUCCACGGAGAAGCUUCUGUCUGUUGAAACCCAAACUGUCACUCCUUAGACGAGCAUCAGCCAUUGGCCUGCUACAGGAAAGUCCUUCAAAAACAGGAAGUCCAUCACCUAAAAAGUCAUCAAGUGCCAAGAAUGCUUCUCCUAAGACUCCAACACCUGGAAAGAAGUCACCAAAAUCCGGGUCCCCAUCUCCCAAGGCAGCAAGUCCUGGAAAGAAGUCGCCAAAAUCAAGAACCACUUCUCCCAAGGCUGCAUCUCCUGCAAGCAAGUCACCAAAAUCCAAGAGUCCAUCACCCAAGGCAGCAACUCCUGCACAGAAGUCACCAAAGUCAAGGACCCCUUCUCCCAAGGCAGCAACUCCUGCAAACAAGUCACCAAAAUCCAAGAAUCCAUCUCCUUCUGGAAACAAAGUGGAGACUCCUAAGGCCAACAAACAGCCAACACCAGGAGUCCAGACCCCUACAGUACAAGGUCGCUUCUCUGUGUCACGGAUCAGCACACCAUCUCCAGUUGCAGAAGAGGCUUUUACUGAAGUCACUGUAACUCCUAAAUUGCCCGUGAGGAGGAAGAGCAUGAAGAGCGCCUCACGGAAGACUCCCAGUAUGGCAAAGAGUGCUGUUAAAGUAAUGCUUAGAAGAAGUGGAGUUUCAAGGGCAUCUAUGAAAGUCAAAAAUUCCUGGGCAGACACGGUGAAAUUUGGACAAAGUAAGGCUCAAGUGGUCAUUCCAGCAAAAAAAACAGUCACCAAGAAGACAGUGAAGAAGGCUGUGUCCAAACCACAGACCCCUGCAAGAAAACUCAUUGACCAUAUCAGCACUGGACAUGCAAAUUCACCUGUUACAAUUGUUGUGGGCAGAGCUCAUAAACAAAAUGUUGUACAAUCAGCUGGUGCUGCUCCAAGACUGGUCACCAAUACUGCUCUCCCCAAAAAGAGCAUGAAAAUGGAUGAGGACUUGACUGGAAUUUCUGAAAUGUAUAAAACCCCUGUAAACGUGAGGAGGAGAUCUGCUGUAAUCAAUGAGAACAGUGCCAUGAAGACACCAGUGAUCGGUCUGGGCACAUCUGUGGUUGAACCAUCAGUGUUGAACACACCAGAGGAGCCAGGUGAAAUGAUGGUGUCACCACUGAGUGUUUCGUCUACAGUAAAAGACGUAAAAUACAGCAACGAGGCAGUCCAACGCUUCCUCAAUGGAGAUCAAGAAUCUAGCUUCGUCAGCGCCAUCCCUGCCAUGGAGACUCACUCCGAUGAUUCUGGUGAACAGCAGUGCACAAAUGUGAAGACAACCUCUGUAACAACUCCUAAACAGAAGCCUCAACAGCAGGAGUUUCUCACUGGAGUGAAGAGAAUCAUGAAGACCCCAAGACAGAAAGCUGAGCCUAUUGAAGACCUGCGAGGGAAUAUUUUGAAGACUCCUAAGCAGAAACCUGAACAACAAGAGUGCCUCACCGGAGUUAAGAGAAUUUUCGAGACCCCACAACAGGAGGCUGAACCCUUCGAAGACCUUCAAGAAAACCCUCUGGAAACUCCCAAAGCUUUAGAUGCUGGUGACCAAGAAAUUGUGGAGACACCAGCACACAUGCAAGAAUCUGAAAUUAAAGACCUGAAAACCCCCAACGUGAAGAGCUCCCCAUUGGUAUGUCUUACGGGUAUCAAGAGAAUAAUGAAGACGCCUAAGGAGAAGAGUGCUCCAGUUGAGGACUUUGAGGGACUUCAGGAGCUCAUGGAGCCACUGACUGAUCCCACAGGACAAACGGAGACACAUGAGGUUGAAGAUCAAACACCAGAUUGUGAUACAGAUGUUGCAAAAGAACUAGACUUUGCGCAUGAGGAGCCACGAGAGGAUGUGCCAUCAGAUGUGAUCGAUAAUGUUCCCCAACUCGAGAUGGAAAAGGAAGCGGAUGCCAAUGAAGUUGUCAGUGAUGACCACUUAGAGGAGGUGCCAAGCAAACACAAUAAUGAUGAAUCAUCAGAAGCCAUGGAAACUCUCUCUCAAGCAGCAGUGGAUGAGAAUUUACCUGUGGAUGCAGUACAUGAGACCGUGUCUGAAGAACAACCUAAAGUGGAGACUGCUACUGGCAACAUCUCAGAAAUGGAGACAACUGCAACUGAACCUGACCAUGAGAAGAAACCCGUUCGGGGCAGAAAGGCAAAAACGGUUGAAUCCAAAUCACCUGAUGAUGAACAGGAGGCAACAGAACUUUCUGAAGAUCCUGUUGUCCCCGCUCCAGUCAGAGGAAGAAGAGGGAAAAAAACUGAAGCUGCAGCACCACCUGCUGUUAGGCAAACGGCUAGAAGCAGAAAUGCAAAGACCACUGAAAGCAAGGAUGCUGAGCUUGCAAUGGAGAAAACUGCCUCCGUGCCUUCCAAAGUCGCCCUUAAGCCUAAAAGAGGAAGAAAUGCCAAAAAAGCUUCUGAUGAUCAAGCCGAAAUGGUCCCAGAGGUUGUAGCUGAAACUGAAACGGUGCCAGAACCUGAGAGUGAACAGAGUGUUCCAGUUGAUGUCAACCAUGAAGCAAAUGACAGUACAGCACCCCUUGAGAAGGCUGUGUUGAAACCCAAGAGAGGAAGAAAAACUAAACAACCUGGACAGUCAGUGCCAGAGCAGGAAGAUGUGCCUUGUACUCACAGUGACGAUGUUUCCAAUGCUGACGCAGCAAAAGAAACAGAGUCUAAUGAAGUCUACAGUGAUCAGCUGGAGGUGGCGCCCAGUGGAAGUGAUGAAAAUAAAUCAACAGAUGUCAUGGAAACUCCUUCCCAGGCACCUGCAACCGAGAGCUUACCUGAAGUGGAGACGGCGACUUGCACAGUCACAGAAAUGGAUGCAGCUGUCGUUCAGAAGAAAUCUGUUAGAGGCAGACGGGCGAAAGUGGUGGAAUCUAAAUCAGCUGAGGAUAAACAGGAGGUUACAGAACAUUCUGAAGAUCCUGUUGUCGCUGCUACAGUCAGAGGAAGAAGAGGAGGGAAGAAAACUGAAGCUACUGCACCACCUGCUGUUAGACAAACGUCAAGACGCAAAAAUGCAAAAUCUCAAGAAAGCACCUCUGAUCAACCUGAAAUGCUACCAGAGAAAGCUGUGGAAACACUGGUGACUGAGAAUUCCACUAAAGCAGUGAGUGACCAGACUUCUCCCAUAAAUACCCAAAAAGAUGAAAAUGAUUCUGCACCCCCUGCAGAGGAAGCUGUUGUGAAGCCCAUUAGAGGUAGAAAAACUAAACCAACACCGGUUGAGCCACCUCAACCAGAGCAGGAGAAAAGUGAAGUUGUGAGUGAGCAGCUUAUGGCAGAAGCUCAGCCUCAAAAGUCCAAUCCUACUCUUGGGAAACCUAGACGAGGGAGAAAGACAAAACCUGAUACGGUUGAAGAAAAUGAGGUGGCAGAAGACACAGUUGUCACUGUGGAGACCAAACCACUGUCUCAGCCUCCAGUCAGGGCCAAGAGGGGAAGAAAUACCAAACAGGAAGAAGAAAAGCUAGAAAACGAUGAGAAGACAACUUCAGUUGAGACUGCUAAAUCCCAGGAGCCGGUUAAGAAAUUGAGGAGAACCAGGAAGGCAGAGCCAGAACAUGUAGAACCAAGAGAAGAAGUCCAAACUGUUGAGGUUGUUCCAGAGGAAGCUGAAGCUCCGUUGGUUGCUGAGCCAGUGAAGAUGGAUGAACAGGCUACUGUGGCUGCAAAACCCAAGAGAGGAGGGCGGAAAGCAAAAGCAGACACUGAGAGUGAAACCCCUGCUGAAUCCACUGAGGUCCAAGAGAUCCCCGCUGUCAGCUCCACAGACAAACCCAAACGGGGUAGGAGAGGGAAACAAGUUGCUGAAGAGGUUGCUGUUGUACCAGAGGAGAAACCUGAGCUGGAGGCUGAAGAGCAGAAUACAGCUGAGCUGGAUGCUCCAGUCAUUAAACAUAGCAGAGCAAGGGGGGUGAAAAAUGAGGUUUCACAAGCCAUUCCAACCAAGAGAGCCCGCCGUGGUGCCACUCUUCCUGUCGAGGAGACGAACGCAGAAUCUGCAGUCCAGGUAUCAGAGGUUGCACCAGCUUCAGUAGAGCCAGCCAAAAGGGGGAGACGUGCAGCAGCAAAGCCCACAACAGACGAUGCCAGUCCCACUGAAGAUUUAAGCAAUGCUGUUGUGGAAGACACAAAAAUGUCCAAAAGAUCUGUCAAGUGGAAAAGUGACUUGGAAGUCUUCAACAUUCCAAAAGGAACACCCGUAAAGGCGGUCCGAGGGAGGAAGUCAAAACUUGGAGACCAAGUUGAAAGCAAAAAUGUGUCAGAGGAUGCCAGCAAAACUGAAGAGAAGGAUCUCUCAGAUAAAGUUGUCGAAGCUCAGCCCGCCAAGAGAGCCAGGCGAGGGGCAAAGGUCGCUGAUGUAACCACUGACGAAGCCACAAGCGAGGUGAAAGGUGUUGAGGCUGAGACGCAGCCAAAAACCAGAAGAGGAAGAUCCGUAAAGAAAUAAAAGCAUUUGUAUAUAUUCAGUAUCAUAAUGGUUUUUUUCUCCUUUUAAAAUCUUCUUGUACUUGUCCUUUUUUAGAUUGUAUGGUGUUUUAGAAAGUAGUUUUAUAGACUCAAAUGAAGCACUGCUUUUUUCAAUUCAGCAGGGAAUCUUGUAUUAACCAUAUAUGUUGUGACAAGUUGUAUGUUAUUCUUUACUUCAUUACAUUGCAGAUAUUUUUAUGGUGAAAAAAGUUAUUAAAUUUUUUUUUGUACAA